AUGGCCAAUGCGACAAGGCCUCUCCCGUUGACGGAGAGCACUGCUAAUGGCUCGCCUGGUGUGCAGAAUGAGAGACAAACCUAUCGUGUUACCUCGUCGAUGGAACCCGAGCUUCUGCAUUCAGAGCUGCCUUCCAACUUUGGAGAGGUUGUCAAGGGCAUCUAUCGCAGCGCGUUCCCUCAUCCUUGGAACCUCCCAGCUCUCAGGCAUUUGGGGUUAAAAACUAUUGUCACUCUGGUGGAUGAGCCGUACACCGCAAGUCAUACGACUUUUCUCGAGGAGAAUGGGAUCGCACAUUUUCGCAUCCCCAUCCCGGCAAACAAAGAUCCUGCCAUCAAGACUCCCGACCACAUCAUGAUUGGCAUUCUCGAGAUCCUUCUCAACAAGGCGAAUCAUCCUGUCCUUGUCCACUGCAAUAAGGGCAAGCACCGUACUGGCUGUGUGGUGGGCUGUUUCCGAAAGCUUCAGGGGUGGGAACUACGUGAUGUUCUCGGCGAAUACCUAAGCUACUCAUGGCCCAAGUCUAGAGCGUUAGAUGAGAAGUUCAUCGAAGCAUUCGAUGCAUCUGGGCUCCGUUCCUUAACUCGAACCACCGGCGCGGCUUUGUGGCAACCGACCAAACCUUCGGAGCAAAAAGAGCGCAAAGAAAAGCCCCAAAGACAUCUAAUCCCUGCGCCUCACGGAGUGAAGGUGUCUUAA